AAUUAACAUCAUAUAGGAUGAAAAUGAAAUUCUUUAGGUCUAAAUGGUUAGACCAAUUUCCAGAGAGAAGUUUGGGAAUGGAAUCAAUCAACCAAUUCAUUCUUUGGAGGUCAAGAUCAAUAGCAGAUGAAAUUCCAUGUUUGGUUUCAGAUAUACGAAUAGCAUUGGAAUCUAAUAUAUUGAAAGAAAAAGUUUUGCUUUCAAUAGAAAAAUCAAACCCAUCUAUGUGAGGAUUAAACAUGGUCUCUUGGGAUGGAGCUUUCCAACCUCGAUGUCACUGAUAGCUGCCCUCGGUGCUGUAUCUGCUCCUCCUCCUCUCUGGAAACUCAUGGUUAGGCCUGUCCUGAUUGUGCUUUUCGUACAAAAUCAUCUUUCCUUUGCUGCCGCUCCUCCAGUGAAGGCUUCGAGACUUCCAGCCAGAGAUGCCCCUCGAACGCCUAGCUCUGCCAUGACUGUCAUUCACAGGCCUUCGCCUCUGCAAGCCUCUAUGCUUAGAAACGAAAGAUGUGGCUUCUCCAAAUCAAGCUUUGGGUCUCUCAUCUUUUCGCCAGGCUCUGCACAGGUUCCGAUGCGAAUCUCGGCUAGUGUCCCAGGUUUGCUUCCCUACGAUUGGAACAACGAAAGAGCCGAAUCGAAGAGUAGAGGCGCCGCAUUCUAUAGACCGUCGAAUAUCUCCCGAAGAAGAUCCUGUGCCGACAUUUCCAUUGGCAUCGACGAGUUGCUGAGCGAUUGGAGCGGAGCUUGUUGUGACCUUUGUUCUGCCUAUCUCCCAUUGCUUCCCCGCUACCGGAGACUUCAAAUGGUAUCAAGAGCCGUGUUUCUACUCUAAAUUUUUUUCUCAAUACCUAUGGCGUGUACAGCCGCUGCUUAUCAAACCACCACUAUCGCGCCUCUCACGAUGGCAGCGAUGCAGAGCACGGCAGCGCCUCUCAUAACGACAGCACCUUCUUCCGUCACCAUGUCGACGGAGUACAUGACCUCAUCAGCUCCGUUCUCUCUCACUUUUGGCUCCAUGUCGACCGUCUUGCAGCCCUCCUUCUUAGCGCUGUUUCGGAUGAGCAGCUUGGUUAUUGAUACGUCCGCUUGGGUUCAGCCGGUGUUCGACUAGUCCUCUCCAGUCACGGCCAGUAUUCCGAUCGUCCAGGACUACACGACAAGAUCAGCACCUUCAACUUCAUCCAAAAUUCAGUUCGCAGUCCCACUUUUUCUGGCUCGCAGGGUUUGGCGACUCAACCUACGCCCCGUCCGAUAGGCAGGUCGGCUGCAGCUCACUCUCCUGGUUCCCUGGAGGCAAUUGCACAAUCCAUGCGUUUUUUUGACUCCAAAUAUUAUAAAUAUUGUGUACGGGAGGUAAUGGCACAAACCAUGAAACUUGAUGCAGUUGAAGAUUAUCUAUCUUGGCUCACUCAAUUCGAGUCUUUUUUUGUGUCUUAUGGACUGUUGGUUAUUCUAGAUGGUACAAUUUUUACUCCUCCUCAAUCUACUUUUGAUGUUCUUCAUAAAAAAGUUGUGAAUAAUGAGUACUAUUAUUGAUUUAAGUUAGACCAAACAGUCCGUUCAUGGUUGAAGUUCACACUCUACAAAAUUCUGCUACCAUCUGGGAACAUCUGAAAUCAUGGUUUAUCGCUGCUAGUCUGGCUCGUUCCAUGGAAUUAAAGCGAUUAUUAACUAAUUCCAGAAAUAGAGAAAAUCAAACCAUGGAGCAGUAUAUAUGUGAAAUUCAGAAAAUUGUUGAUGCCCUUGUUGCAAUUAAUUCCCAUGUAUCCAUGAAAGAUCUUCUUGAACAAACACUUCUUGGGCUUGGUCUUGGCUAUGAGUCCAUGAUUACCACAUUGAUGACUUUUCCUGAGGGACUCACGUUUGAUAGUCUACGGAUCAAGCUGGUGCACCAGGAGCAACGCCUAUUGUAGCUUCGUUCUCAAGAAUCCACGUCCUCACCUAUGGCCUUUGCUGUAAUACCCGAGAUUAAUUUAAGAGGAUUAAUAGUACUACUCAUACAAACAGAGGCGCAUCUCUUUUAAGGGAGCUCAUCACCUAAGAACUCCAAAGUUAAGCGUGCUUGCACGAGAGCGUUCUUGGGAUGGGUGACCCCCUGGGAAGUUUUUGAGGGCGCGCACGAGUGAAGACAAAGUGUGUGGUAAAGGCUCGUGGUGGUUUGUGAGGAUAGUACUAGAGGUCUAGAGUAACUACCCCGGGUCUUGCGGAGCCCUGGGUGUUACAUUUGCAGUCCAGCCCAUGGCUCCCGCUGGUUCAGGGAACGAUGCACGUGGCAGUUUUAAUCAAGGUCGGGGAAGAGGCCGGCAUGGUCAGCGCGGUAGGCCCCCCGCUACUGAGGCAUGGUUUAUGGACAGCAGGCACUGUACGCGGCCCAAGGGUGCGGCUAGCAGCCUGACUACCACCAGUUGCGUCUAGGACAGCAGGCACCAGGCGGAUACUUCACACAGGGCUAUUAUCCGCCUCCUUCGGCUCCUACUUCACACGGACGUCCAUGUUUAGUAUUAUGUAAUUCCGUUUUUUCAUCGUUUCAUGCACAUCCCUAUUUUGUUACUGGUACUGCCCAUGACUAUGCAGGCUCACCUUUAGUUGAUGGACAGUUUGGUUCUAUUCCCCCUCCAGUUGUCUAUCAAAUUUGUUAUUCCCCAGGUCACUCUGUUGUUUCAUGUCCGUCCCGUUUUAAUCAGCCGUCAGCCCUAGCUCUUGCUGCACCCAUGGGUGAUACUAGUGACGUUGUCUGGUUUCCAGACUCCGGUGCUUCUGCGCAUACGACCUCUCAGGAAGGUACAUUAGUUAAUAAAUC